AUGCUGGUGCACAUUGCUCCUGACACAGCCCCGGCACACAGGAGCUGCCAGCACAGCGAGCACAGCCCGAGGCAGCGGCGGCAGAGAAGCCUUCCCUGGCCGCAGCUGACACCCACAGGGAGACACUCCCAAAGCUGCCCGGGUGAGAGGCUGCCCCGUGGGCAGUUCCGUGAGCGUGGCCCUGCACUGACCCCAGGCACUCGGGAGCCAUUGUGGCACAAGACCAAUGCCGUGCAAACGGGUCAAGGAGUCACCUCGGGCCUUCAGGACACGAUGCCCCGCGCCCAUCUUGCCCCCUCGCUGCACCCCAGCAUUGCGGUUGCCGGGCUCAGGAAACCACGCUGGCACAGCCACCCCGGCUCGGCGGUUCCCACAGCAGCUGCGGCAGGGCGGGCGCUGCGGGGCAGCACGGCCCCGGGCCGGCGGCCCCGCGCAGGCGCCGUGCGGGCAGGGCGCGCCCCGCCGCCGCUGGGCCGGGCCGGGCCGGGAAGAGCGGCAGCGGCUCCGCUGCCAGCGCGCAGCAGCGCGGGCAAGGCGUCGGGACCGGUAGCGAGCGGCGGGAUGCCGCCGACUGCGCCAUCGCUGGGCCUGAUGGCUGACGGGCUGGGCAACAGCUCCGCUCUCGAUGGAGAGGAUCCGUGGGUUUUGUCAAGCCAUGGCUUACAGACAACUACUUUGACAACUAAAGUGGAUGGCAGUGAUGGCAAGCCUGAACACCUAGAGUAUAUUGCCUUUGCUUUGGUUCCUGUUUUCUUCAUCAUGGGUCUCUUGGGCAUCCUUAUCUGCCAUAUCCUUAAGAAAAAAGGAUACCGUUGUACAACAGAGGCUGAAGAACUAGAAGAAGAAAAAAUUGAUGAAAAAAUAGAAAUGAAUGAAACUAUACAUGAGAAUAGCGACACUGUGGGACAAAUUGUUAACUACAUCAUGAAAAAUGAAGCAAAUGCUGAUGUGUUAAAGGCCAUGGUAGCAGAUAGCAGUGUCUUUGAACCUGAAAGCCCAUUAUCUCCUACCUCUCCUGAGAGUCCAGUGAGUCCAGGGACUCCUUUGUCACCAGGUGUUGUUCCAUUCAGACACAACUGCAAAGCCCAUCACUUCCAUACUGUUGGAGGAGUGGUGGAAAAGGAUGUUUGUACUCGCUGUAGCCACAAACGAUGGCACCUUAUAAAGCCAGCUCAAAAAUCUAAAGAGAACAGAAGAAGUCGUAUUGGAGAAGUUACAGUGCUUUCUGUGGGAAGAUUUCGAGUCACAAAAGUGGAUCACAAAUCCAACUCGAAGGAGCGGAAGAGCCUGAUGUCCGUUACUGGCGUGGAGAGCGUCAAUGGGGAGAUGCCCGCGAAGCAGGACGUGAGCGAAGCGCCCGCCACGCCUGCCAAACAGGACAUGCAAGAGAGGAGGAGCUCAGAGUGAAGGCAGGUAUGAAACAUCUGAACAUGAGGAACUCAUGCUGGAGGUGUUAUGUUGUGAAAUAUGUGAAGGUAAUCAGUACAGUUGAAAAUGCGUCAGUUCUGUGUGAAAACUCAACUUUUAAUUUCAAAAUUCUCUACACAAGUCUGCAAAAAUUAUAUGUGGUCACUCAGUUAAUAAUAAGUUAAGCAAGGCUUUUUUAUCCACCAAAUUCUUAUCUAAUUGUUUAUUCAGAUUUUGUAAUUAGAGUAGGUGUUGAAAUAACUUUUGUGGGUGUAGCAUCACUAG